AUGCCGACAACUUUUGAAUCAUCUGGACGAAAUAGCGUUGAUUAUGAUCAGAGUCCAAAGUAUCAAAACUCAUUCCGUCUCGAUGCUCAUCAGCCAUUCAGAAUUGAUCCAGUGGAUCUGAUAGUUAGAACAGUCAUGGAAUAUCGUUUUGAAGACAUAACUUAUGAUAUGAACACAACACCGCCUUUAUGCAGUCAAGUAGCGGCGGAAAUUAGAAAAAAAAUUAUGAAUUUACAUUUUGAUAGGUAUAAAAUUGUCGUAUUUGUGACAAUAGUAGAAAAAACAAGUCAAUCGAUAGACUCUGUCUGUGGCUUUUUAUGGGAUGUUAAGAAAGAUAAUUAUUCUACUUAUACUUUUGAAAAUCAAUCUUUUUUCGCUUACUGUUUCGUUGGUGGUAUUUAUCACGAAUGA